UUAUGCUGGGUUGAUGAUGGACAGCUUCCCAGUGGCGAUCAAACACAUCGCAAAGGAAGAUGUGGAAUAUGAAGAAAUGGUCUUUAAUGGGAAGACAUACAAGAUCCCACUGGAGGUUCUCCUAAUGCAGAAAGUGGGCGGUGAACCCCUGUCAGUAGGCACUUCUCCAGCUAUCUCAAUGCUAGAUUACUUUGAGCUAGAGAAGGAGGUCCUUCUGAUCAUGGAGAGACCAGUGCCAUGUGAGAGCCUGUAUAGCUAUCUAGAGAACAAUGGUGUACCCCUGGACGUGCAUGUUGCUAAGGUAUAUAGUCCAGCCCAGAGAAGCUCCACAGAGCUUGUUUGAUAGUUGCCACACUGACAGGAAUCAGUCCCUUCUUCACUUCUGACUGCUCUCUUUGUGUUUCAGAACAUCAUGAAGCAGCUGGUUGACGCAGCCAUAAUGAUGCACAACAAAGGGGUCUUCCACCGGGAUCUCAAGACAGAAAACUUGCUCCUCGAAACCGGCUCCAGUGACCUGCGAGUGCGGAUCAUAGACUUUGGUUGUGGCUGCUGGGUACAGGAAGAGCCACAAUGCGUCUUCUCUGGUAUGACAUCUGGCUUGUGCUCUUCAUUCAGCCAUUGCUCUGAUGAUUUUGAUUUCAGUCUGAACCUGUUCCUCAUCCUUCCUUUCUGUCUGUGCAUUGCAGGAACCUCAGCGUACGCCCCUCCAGAGUUUUUCACACGAGGGACGUAUGAGGCUAUCCCCACCACAGUCUGGCAGCUGGGCGCGCUGCUGUACGAAAUGCUGUACGGAGUGCAUCAAUUUCGUACCACUAGAUUCGUCCGCAAGAAAAGACCUUUUAACAAAGUCCUACACAAAGACUGCCGGAACUUUUUGAAGCAGUGUUUAACUCGAAGCCCACAACAUCGGGCCACCUUGGAGCAGAUUCAGCAGCACCCCUGGCUGCAGGAUCAAACUCAAGUCACACCUUAAACACUUGCUAAGAUGCCUGGACUUUGA